CCCGCCCCUUAAGUUUUCAGCCAAUCAAUGUCGUCUCUUGCCUCUGGUGUUAAACGGCUGACGAAUGAGCGCCUCUCUCCCAUUGGCUGGCUGGGCGUCACGUGGUCGGAUUUGUUGGAGUUCUGCUGCGCAGUUGAUAUAUUGGACUAGGGUGUUUCUGACUAGUAACCAUGGCAGUAUGUGAUGAUCUCUUACUGUGCAACUUUCCCAAAUGCCGGGCAAAAUUAUCUAGUCGUGCUUGGAUCACAGCUUGUUCGCACAUUUUUUGUGACCAACAUGGCAGUGGAGAAUUUAGCCGAUCCCCUACUGUUUGCCCGGCCUGUAACAGUACUCUUUCUAGCAAACUGGAUAUUGUGCGAUCUGAGCUUUGCCCUUCAGAAGAACAAAAAGCCUUAAUGCUGGCAGGAUUACGUCCUGAGAUUAUUCUCGAUAUAUGCUCCCGAGCACUGACAUUUUGGACUUACCAGGUUUACCAGGAGCGAUUGUACCAGGAGUAUAACUACAGCCAGGCAGAAGGACAUCUAAAGCAAGUGGAAAAACUUUAUUCUCACCAAGUUCAAAGUAAGGAAUCAGAGUUAUUAGCCAUGAAGGGGGAAGUGAAUUCACUGAAGAAACUCCUGGAGGAAUACAAGAGAAAAUACAGCGAAAUCUCAGAGAAACUGAUGGAACGGAACCGCCAGUAUACUAAGUUGCAGGGAACAUAUGAUGCUCUACGACUCCGCAAUAUUGCUGUGGUUAACCGAGAGGCUUCUACAAGUAGAGAAAGAUCUCAGCAGGACCAUUAUGGGCCUUUUGGAUCUACUAUGGGAAACACAUCUCAAGAUGCGAAAACACCACCUUUAAGAUCAUCUAAUUUCCAUAGUCAGUCAUUCUUCUGUACAUCUCCUUUUAAUGACGCCAGAAACACUGCACAGGGCUCACCUGGAAUGAACGCAGACCGGCUGGACUUGGCUUCAUCCAGAGCUUUUAGAAUAAUGAGGAUGUAAACUAAUGUACCUUUUGGUAACGUGUCCACAGUUUUAGUGACAUCUAUAGGCAGAAAUUAUUUUUUGUAAGCUAGGCAUAAUGCUAGAGUUUAAGUUUUUUUUGUAAGCUAAGAAAAGGGCUUGAAUAUAAGUUUUUUGUAAGCUAAAAAGAAAGUUUUGUCUACUUAAAGCUCAACUGUCACAGAUUUUUAACCCUCAGACCAAUACAAUGAUAGCAAAGUUGAUUGCAAUUGCAACGCAGCCUUACCUUUAGCUGCUGUUUAGAAGUCUUUAUGAGCCAAAAAAACGCUUUCUAGUGGUGUAAGUGACAGUUUGAUAUGUAUAGUUUGGGGUUUGCAAUGCCCCACGGCUGCCACGCUUACCCCCUGUACAUCAACACUGGGACUGCGGUGUCAUUGACACACAGGUCCUCAGCGUAUUUGCCCCUUAUCUUUAUUCAAAGCACGAAGUGAAUUCUCCCUCCCCUAGCGCUCGUCCACUAUGCCUGCCACCUCUGUGCGCCUGUGCAGUUGGAAGCAGAGAGUGAGCGAGCUCUCUGCCUCUAGCAUUACACAGGUGCGCGGAGGUGGCAGACAUGGGGAGCGAGCGAUCGUGGAGGGAGCUAGCGCUUGCUCAGAGAAUUAAUUGCACGCAUACAAUGAAAAUAAGGGGGUCACUCAGCGGUCCCAGUGCUGAUGUAGAGGGGAUAGGCAUGGUGGCUGAAAAAAGCAUUUUUCUGGCUGCAUGGAAUUAGUCUCUGGGGUUAAAAAUCCGUGACAGUUCCGCUUUAAGUGGAAGUUCAGUUUUUUGUAAGCUACAAAGAAAGUAAAGGGAUUGCAUUCCAUAUUGGUCUAGCAGCCUACACAUAUUGUAUGUCACUAAUAAAGAGCUGUGUUUACUGAAUUUACUGAUUUGCUCAACUUUGCAAUGGAACCUUCGAUGCUGAAAAUCAGACCAGUAUUAUGUGUCAUUUAUUCAUGUAAAUCUCUGCUAAUUCUGGGUGGUUUUUACCAGUGACUGACAGCCAUCUGUGCAUAUAGAGAGUGCUGUUGAUGUCUAGGACAGCCCAUUUGACUAAUUAGUCUGGAAUGAGCAGAGGUUUACAUUAAUAAAUGACAAGUUAUUCUGAAACCCCAUAUUGAUCUGCUUAGCUCUAUGGCAUGAUGACUGCAGACUGAACUGCAUUUUCUAUGUGACAAGUUUUCAGUUAAAUAAUUACUAUUUGUAGAGUUACAGUCCAA